CACGCUUAUCCUUUAUCUCUUAUCAAUUGUAGGGUCUCACUACGCCAACUAUCCACAACCCACCUUUCCUUUCUUGGACGAAAGUAAAUACAAAGUAAAUACACAAGACAAGAAAGACGAGACGAGACGAGACGCCUGAUGCGUUGAAGUCUGAUUAUUUACAAACACCAUUAGAUAUAGGACCUAAGCCGGUCUACUCGAGAAGGCACGCGACGAACCAGUCACCACAAUGGCGCCUCCUUCAGCCGAGGAUGUCUUGGCUAGGUUACAGACACUUGGUGCUAAGCAGGACAUCACCAUCUUAAGGCUCAGUGAACCUAUAUCGGCUACGGUCACACACCUACAGGAUGCUCAUCAGCGAACAUCCGAUGUCUCUAAUUCAUCCCUUGAUGCAACUACGCCAUCCUCUCUUGAAGCAGAUCUAACACACUACCGAGAACUAUUCGCCAAGUUGCGCUUUAGUUAUGUAGAGCAAGUCUCCAAGGAGAAGUUCAUCCGAGCUAUAGUGGGCGACCCACCUCUUAUCGUCAGCCCCCAGGAAAACCUGGAUCUCGAGAAGGAAAAUCUAGAGGCAAAGGCUACGUUGAAAGCCUUGAAAACCGAGGUCGCAUCCAUGGUCACCGAACUUGAGGGGAAAGCGAGGGACCUAAGCCGAAAAUAUGAGAAAAUCAAAGUCGAGACGGUCAAGUUGGAAGAGCUUCCGCGCAAGAUUGAAGACCUCGAGAAUGCAGUUGCAGAGUUAAAGAAGACGCAGAAGACAGGAUCAAAUCCAAACCCCGAGCUGAAUCUGCCUCUAGCCAAGACCUUAGACCUGGUCGAGUCAAAAAAGCAGCGCAAAGCCGAAUUGGACAGGCAAUUAGAACAACUACAAAGCCAAGUCCCAAGGAAAAAGAAGGAACUAGAUCGAUUGCAAGCUGAGCUACAGCCCCUCGAGACAAAGAGGCAGAAUAGCAAGACUGCUGCAAAGGAGGCGCGGAGGCGAAAGGAAGCUGCCCUUGGUGGUGUCCAAGAUGAUCUCGAGGAGCGGGGACGCUGGUUUAGAUCUGCAGAAACAGGUUUGAAACAAGUAUUGGAAAUAGAGAGCUGAAACACUAUCACGAUUCUAUCGUUCAACAGGCACCAGGUGUUUUAAGGUCUUCUAUUGUAUUAACAUCACGGAGUGGUGUAUGAGAGGAGGCAUAUCAGGGGAAGCAAACACAGGCUCGUAGAGGUUAUAUGGCCAUACGGGCUUCUCAAAGAAACGAACUACGAUAAUGAUUUUACGGUUUCAUGAUACCGCCCUAACUGCAACUCACAGGUUCGAUUAGAACUACUAUAUUAGUCUACAUAAAUAACUACAAAUAAUGUGUAUCUAUUGUCUCCAGAUAGAUCAGCUUCAUGCUGUGGAUCUAUAUUAUACCCUAUUUCAAUUGUUC